UGCAUACGUGUGGGUAAACCGCAUCAUUGGCCCAUUGACGGAUUACCCUGGUUUUACCUAGCCAAGUCAAAGAUCUGAUCUCGAUGGGGGCAGUGGAGCACCCCGAGAUGGCUGGCGGCUUUGCUGACUUCGACGCUGGCCACCGAGAUCUGGUAUCUGUCACCAAGUUCAACUUUUACGGAAACCGCAUUGUCACGGCCUCGUCCGAUCAUCGUAUGAAAGUUUGGGACUUGAAAGAUGGUCAAUGGCAGCUGACGGAUACCUGGCGAGCCCACGACGCGGAGAUUCGCGAUGCCACAUGGAACGGACCCUUCUCGGGUCAACAUAUCGGCAGCGUGGGUGAGGACAUGAAGUUCAAAAUCUGGCAGGAAGAUGUCACGCAGCCGCCCAACUCGGGCCGUCGGUUUAGGUCCAUCUUCCGCAUGACGGCACCUCAGAGACACCCGUUCGUGUCCUUGGACUUUAGAAAUAUUGACCUGGAGUCAUGGCUUGCUCUGAUCACGCGUGAUGGCUACUUGAUGGUCAUGGAACCUGUCAGCCCAGACAGUCUGGCGGAUUGGCAGACCCUUGAUCAGUUUCGUGUGUGCCCUGCGCCAGAACGCGGCGAGGAAACAAGCUUUAGGGUCCAGUUUCACCAUGACCCCACCGACAUCACACACACCCUUCUGCCGGACUCCGAUCCAAAGAGCCUCUCGCUGGUUGUGGCGGCCAUGGACACAGUCAAGGUAUAUCGCACUGAUGCAAAUCGUCGCUUCUACCAUGCCAUUGAAUUGAAUGGGCACGGUGGUCUCGUCAGGGAUAUCUCCUGGGCGAAUGGAUCUGUCCGAGGCUACGAUCUUAUUGCGAGUGGGGGUAAAGACGGCUUGGUCCGCAUCUUCGAGGUUUAUACAAUACCUAUGAAUCAGGGAUCCCACAACCCCAACUCUCGAAAGGAAGAUCGACGCCAACAGCAAUCAUCAUUACGAGCAACGUCGCAAUCCGGCAUCGGUUCUGCUCUCGCAACCCGCGUACCUUCUUCGCCUUCCAACCGUCCAGCAAGUGGAGACUCCCAAUUUCGGCACUCCUUCAAGCAGGUAGCUUGUAUCGACAGUAAUCACCUGGACGUGUGGCAAGUAGAGUUCUCUUUCGCAGGCGAUUCUCUUAUUUCCUCUGGCGACGAUGGCGUUGUUCGAUUCUGGAAGAAAUCGUUGACCGGCGAGUGGCUCGAGUUUGCGGAGACGGAUAUGGGCUCUCAAUGAGGUGUAUCUACUUCCUAUUU